AUGGCCGAUACCAACAAACCUGCGGUUGUACCGCCAAAGCGAGCUCUUACUGAUUAUCCGCUCAUCGACUCGGACCCACAUGUGCGGCGCGUUUUCGGGUACGCGAGACCCUCGGACUAUGCAGUUGCUGGCGGAGCUGCUGCUGCAUCCCCGCUUGCAUUCUGGGUUAUGGAAAGGGUGAGCCCAUCACACGUGGGUAGAGGGGGUUUCUCCCCCGUAAUGCGUCUGGCGACAGCGGUCGGUGUUAUUGGCGGCCUACAUAUCCUUUACCAGAGGUCAUGCAAUCGCUUCCAUGGAUUCACGGAGAACUCAAGAGAGGUUGAUAUGGAUAUGAAGGAAAUGGUAGACAAAGUUAAGAAGGGCGAGCCUCUCUAUGGUUCCUCGCAAGUAUCCACUUACCUACAGGGUGUAGCCGCUCGGAACUCGCGAUAUGCGAAUCUCUUCGUUCAGGUUAUCCCAUGGUUCAAUCUAGUCAACCAUGAACAUCACGGUGUCGAUACGGCUAAAUACUAUCAGCAGGCUGAGCGGGAGCUUGAGGCUGAACGCCUUUCCAAAGCUGGAUCUUCUUGA